AUGGGAAAACUGUUAGAUGAAGAACAGCCAUGUGAGCAAGCGGUAUUUCGAAAAGAGCUCAGCAUGAUUGCUCGCCUUCACACUAUUCUGAAAAGCAUUGAGGUAUCGCGAGAGUACAGAAUACCGCUAUGUCUCAUCUUCAUCGACUUAAAAAAGGCGUUUGACUCAGUUGAGAAGGAAGCAGUCACGGAUACAUUGGACAACCAAGGCUUAAUACAUCCUCACUCAAUACAUAAAGGUACUCUGAGUGUUGCGAUAAUCAUUGAAGUGAAGAUAGGUCAGCAGCCAUAUAAGCUUGUAAAUGACACAUCUUUUGGUGUACGAAACAAAUAA